AUGAAGGUCCGUUGCCACCAAGGCUCCUCGACCUCCUGCGAUCAGGGCAAGGGUGGAGCUCGAGACAACUCGGUGUACAGGUUUGCACGUCAAGGCAUGAUGACUCAGCUGCAGGGCUUGGUUUACGUCAUGGCUGGGCGAGAGUCACAAGCUGGCUUUGGAGGUGAUCAAGGCAGCGCAUGGAUCACGCAACUCAACCGGCCCAGCGGCCUUGGCGUGAAUCCGAUGACGAAGGACGUCUACGUAGCAGACUCCGGGAACAACCGCAUCCGCUUAAUCUUCAGCCAGAUCG